AUGCCGAUUGGAAGGAAGCACAAAGUCAAGGGUGUUAAGGAUGGGAAGAAGAUGCAGCCACAGAAGAAGAAUUCGGUAGUAUGGAUCAUGAAGGUGGACAAUGAUUGCUCCAUGGAUUUUGAUUCCUCCACUACCAGUAAGAAGAGAGCCUCUGAUGGUUCCAUGGAUUUGAAUACCAGGCCAACCAAGAAACAAGCACACCAAGGUUCUACUGCGAUUGCUAAAUGUGCAAACUGGAAGACCAAAUUGUCAAGCUUUGCUGGACGAGUCACCUUGGCCAAAGCAACUCUGUCAGCCAUGCUAGUUUAUCCAAUGGGUGUUUUCAAAUUCCCAGCAUCUACAUUAAGGAAAGCUGAUAAUAUUAUAGGCCAGUUUAUAUGGAAAGGGGAUCAACAAGCUAAGGGUAUUCAAUGGAGAACAUGGAAAAAGAUCACAAAGUCUCAGUUCCAUGGAGGUCUAGCUGGUGAGAAUAAGAGGAGUGGCAGCAGCAUCAAUGACGUUCCUACAGCACAAAAGCAUUUACCCAAUUCCAAUUCUUCGCCGCCGGAGCAGAGUAGACGCAUGAUGAUUAAUAAUUCCCGUGAUGGAAAUCCGGGAUCUUUUUCAGGAACCAGUGAGCGAGAAACUCCGAAAAAGGGGAAGCAAAAAGCUAAUCAGGUGGCCUCUGUAAAACCGCCGGAAACACACGGAUAUGGACUUAGUUCAAAGUCUAAGAAACCAGAAAAGACUCUUGUUAAUUCACGGCCUAUUCCGGCGAGUUCUUCCAAAACCGAUAAGAAAAUACCCAAGGCUGGAGUUACAAUUUCUGGGCCAUCAACGAGUUCUUCCAAAAUUGACAAGGGAAAAGACGAGGUUUCUUCCAAAAUUGAUACCGGAAAAGCCAAGGUUGGGGAAGCAAUUUCUGGGUCUUCAACAAAAAAUUCCGAUUCAGAUACAUGCAAAGCCAAGGUUGGAGAAAGGACUUCCGGGUCUUCAACGAAAAGUACCAAUUUAGAUACCGGAGAAAUUGAUAUCGGCAAAGCCAAGGUUGGAGAAAGGAUUUCCGGGUCUUCAACCAAAAGUACGAAUUUAGGUACAGAAAAAAUUGAUACCGGCAAAGCCAAUGUUGGAAAAAUAACCUCCGGGUCUUCAACAAAAGGUACCAAUUUAGAGAAACGAAAUGGCAAAUUAGAAGCUGAUUCGGUGGCCCCAACCGAAAAAAGAGCAGGACAAGAGCAAUACUCUUAUGCUGAAAUCAUUGAUAAGGGAAAAGCUAAAGUCGGCGUAACAAUUUCGGAGCCUCAGAAGAAGAUCACCACAGCAACACAGAAGGGAAAUGGCCAAAAUGCUAAAGGAGUUACUAUUUCGGAGCCUAAGAUGAAAACAAAUCCUGGAUUGCAAGAACAAGGUAAAGGAAAGAAAGUUGAAACUACUAGUGAACAAACUCGAGCUGCAAAAGGCAAUGAUUAUGAUGACCCUCAACCUGUCUACCAUAUCACAUGGGAUGGUUCGGACGACGAAAGUGAAUCAUUACCAGGGGAGACCUGCUCACUUUGCCAAAAGAAUUUAUCUUCCACGAUUCGUAAACCUAGGGGAAGCCAAUUUCUUCAUGAUGAAUAUGAUGACGAAUAUGAUUACUACUUCGAGCAGAUGAAUCUUCCUGAAGUUGGUGUUCUGGGUUGUGGUCAUUUAUUCCAUGCUCAAUGCCUGGAGAGCAUCACACCUGAUGAUCAAUGCGCUAAUCCUCCAUGCAUGAUUAACCUAGUCAAAGCAGACCAAGCCCUAAUAGACAGGGUAUGCGAAAAAACAGGCAAGAACGAGCGUUGCCAUAAUUGUUUCAAACUAGACAAAACUAGCCAAUCUCAAGACGUAAAAGGUCUAGCCAAGAUUUCCAUCAAUACCUGCGCGGCGCGGACGGUGAUUCUUGCCCAGGAAGCCGUUGAAGCUAGAGGGAAUGACUGCAUCGAGCUCAAAGACGUUGUGUGCCUGGAUAAUUGUAAGGAAUGUACCCGGCUGCUCAACGGCGUUUCCGGGCAAUUCAGCGCCGCAGCUGCGAGCGCUGGAAACGGGGAUAGAUUAGCUGCCACCAGGAUAUUGAAUGAUGCACUUGGUAAUGUGGUGGCGAAAUGCUUGAAUCUAGUCGGGGCGGGCAAUGCACCCGACUUGGCCACCCUUCAAGGUUACAUUGAUGUUGCUAUCAAUGUGGUCAAUCAAAUUCCUUGA